AUGGACAAGGCCAGUGUCUUCUGCUCCAGCUUGGAGCCCCGUGCAGCCACCGCCCGCGAGCUGCUCCUGGCUGCACUGGAGGACCUAAGCCAGGACCAGCUGAAACGCUUCCGCCACAAGCUGCGGGACGCGCCCGUGGAUGGCCGCAGUAUCCCGUGGGGGCGGCUGGAGCGCGCGGACGCCGUGGACCUUGUGGACCAGCUGACCCACUUCUACGGGCCGGAGUCUGCGCUGGACGUGACCCGCAGGACCCUGAAGAGGGCUGAUGUGCGCGACGUGGCAGCUCGGCUCAAGGCGCAACGGCUACAACAGUUCCAGAAGAAAUACCGAGAGCACGUGCUGCAGCAGCACGCCAAGGUGAGGGAAAGGAACGCGCGCUCUGUGAAGAUCAGCCAGCGCUUCACCAAGCUGCUCAUCGCGCCCGAGAGCGCGGCGCCCAGGGAGGAGGAGGCAGCUCUGGGGCCUGUGGAGGAGCGCGAGCCGGGGCGUGCUUGGCGCUCGGACACACACACCUUCAACCGGCUGUUCGGCAGCGACGCCGAGGGCCACCGGCCGCUGACCGUGGUGCUGCAGGGCCCUGCGGGUAUCGGCAAGACCAUGGCGGCCAAGAAGAUCCUGUACGACUGGGCAGCGGGGAAGCUGUACCGCGGUCAGGUGGACUUCGCCUUCUUCCUGCAGUGCCGCGAGCUGCUGGAUCGGCCCGGCGCGCGCAGCCUGGCCGACCUCGUCCUAGACCAGUGCCCGGACCGCCUGGCGCCUGUGGCACAGAUGCUGGCUCAGCCGCAGCGGUUGCUCUUCAUCCUGGAUGGGGCCCGCCUCCUGGUGACCAUGCGCGCCACAGCGUCCAGAAAACUGCACUUCGACCAGUGCGCGCUGCAGUGCGCUGAAGUGCGCGGCUUCUCCGACAAGGACAAGAAGAAGUACUUCUACAAGUUCUUCCAGGAGGAGCGCAGGGCUGAGCGCGCCUACCGCUUCGUAAAGGAGAACGAGACGCUGUUUGCCCUGUGCUUCGUGCCAGCCGUUUGCUGGAUCGUGUGCACCGUACUGCGCCGGCAGCUGGAGCUGGGCAGAGACCUGUCGCGCACCUCCAAGACCACCACCUCAGUGUACCUGCUCUUCCUCGCCAGCGCGCUGAACUCCAUGGGCGCCGAGAGGGCCCGCAUGCGGGGGGAGUUGCGAAAGCUGUGCCUCCUGGCCCGGGAAGGCAUACUAGGAUACAAGGCGCAGUUUUCAGAAAGGGACAUGGAGCGUCUGGAGCUUCGGGAUUCUGACAUCCAGCACUUUCUCAUCAAGAAGGAGCUGCCGAGUGUGCUGGAGACUGAGGUGAUCUACCAGUUCAUCGAUCAGAGCUUCCAGGAGUUCUUUGCCGCGCUGUCCUACCUGCUGGAGGACGUGGGGGCACCCGGAGUCCCCACAGGCGGCCUGGAGACGCUGCUGCACCUGGGCUCCGAGGGGCGCAGCCACCUCAUGCUCACCACACGCUUCUUCUUCGGGCUGCUGAACAUGGAGCAUGUACAGGAUGUCGAGCGCCACUUCGGCUGCGUGGUCCCAGCACAUGUGAAGCAGAAUGCCCUACAAUGGGUGCAGGGGCAGGGCCACCUCAGGAUGGCACCAAAGGGAGCAGAUGGUUCCAAAGGGCUCAAGGACAAGGAGGAGCCAAAGGAGGAGGAAGAAAAGGAAGAGGAAGAGGAGGAAGAGCUCAGCUUCCCUCUGGAGCUGCUGUACUGCUUGUACGAGACCCAGGAUGAGGCUUUUGUGAACCAGGCCCUGAGAAGCCUCCCUGAGCUAACUCUGGAGUGUGUGCACUUUAGUCGCAUGGACCUCGACGUUCUGAGCUACUGCAUGAAGUGCUGCCCCGCUGGACAGGUGCUGCAGCUUGUCAGCUGCAGCCUGGUGGCCGGGCAGGAAAAGAAAAAGAAGAGGAGCCUGUUGAAACGGCUGAAGGGCAAUUCUCAAGCUGCCAUGAAACAACUCCGGAUCACCCCACUGCAUCCACUCUUCGAGGCCAUGACUGACCAGCAGUGUGGCCUGAGCAGCCUGACGAUGUCCCACUGCAAACUCCCUGACAGAAUCUGCCGAGACCUCUCUAUGGCCCUGAGGGCAGCCCCUGCCCUGACAGAGCUGGUCCUCCUCCACUGCAGGCUCAGUGAAGCUGGUCUGCGUGCACUGAGUGAGGGCCUAGCCUGGCCCCAGUGCCGGGUACAGACACUCAGGGUGCUGCUGCUAAACCCUCCAGAAGCUUUCCAGUAUCUGGUAGCCCUGCUCUGGCAGAGCUCUACCCUCACCACCCUGGACCUCAGUAGCUGUUACCUGCCUGACUCCGUGGUGACCUACCUGUGUGCAGCCCUGCAGCACCCAGGAUGCAGCCUGCAGACCCUCAGUCUGGCCUCUGUGGAGCUGAGUGAGCCAUCAGUACAGGAGCUGAAGGCCGUGAAGAUAGCAAAGCCCAGAUUGGCCAUUGUCCACCCAGCACUCAACAGCCACCUUGGUCCUCCUGAGAGAGUCAUCAGUGCCCUCUGAGGCCUGGAGCAUGAAGCAGAUGGAAGACACAGAGGUCAGAGCCAAGAAGAAGUCCUCCCUGCUUGAAGGGCAAGAAGGGACACAGAAUGAUGACCCCCUGGGGUGGGAACCUUGAUGGCCCUGACAUACUGAUAAUGAAUUAUCUGGUAGAUUCU